AUGUGAUCACAAACCAGUUGUGCUAGAAAUAGGUAGUGCAGUGCAGUGUUGAGGCAGAUGCCAUAAACAGAGUCGAUUUAGGGAUUUCUUCUUCUUUUGAGUUUUACGAGAUAAUUUAUCUAAGAAAUGACAUCUACAGCUCCUAUGAUGCUUGGUGACUCGUUGAAAGGGAAAGUUGCCCUCAUUACAGGAGCAAGCUCAGGAAUUGGAGCAGAGGCAGCCCGUUAUUUCGCUUCCCUAGGAUGUCGACUGGCAUUGACAGGACGGAACAUGGAUGCUCUUCAAGCAGUCACUGAUGAAUGUGUGAGCAGAGGAUUAGAGAGAAAUCAGAUCCUCAUGAUUGAAGCAUACCUUGAAAGAGAAAGUGAUGUGAAGAAAACUGCAGAAGAAACCAUCCAGAAAUUCAAUCAACUUGAUGUUUUGGUCAAUAAUGCAGGAAUAGUUGUAGUAGAUACAGUCGAGACAGUUACCAUGGAGGGUUUAGAUAAGACCUUUGCAGUGAAUGUUAGAGCACCCCUGCAGCUAAGCCAACUAUUAAGCCAGUAUCUAAUCAAAACUAAAGGUUCGAUUGUGAAUAUUUCAAGUUUGACUGGAGUCAGAGCUAUGCAGGAAUUGCUAACCUACUCUAUGUCUAAAACAGCAUUGGAUCACAUGACAAGGUGUAUUGCUGAAGAACUGGCACCUCAUGGAGUCAGAGUCAAUGCUGUGAACCCUGGUACGAUUAUAACUCAAAUCCAACUGAGAUCAGGGUUGUGUAAAGGACAGUAUGAAAAGUUUCUGGAGCAUUCUAAAUCAACUCACGCUAUGCGCAGAGUGGGUACUGUGGACGAGGUUUCCAAACUCAUCGCUUUCCUUGCAUCUAGUGACUCAUCCUUCACGACGGGAGAAACCAUCACUAUAGAUGGAGGACGCCAUCUCUUGAUUAGGCCUGUAGAAGUGUAGAUAUUAGUUUUCUUAGAAUGCUUAAAUUGUGAGAAGCCGCUGAUAUCACACGUACGUUCAUCACCCAUAGGCUAUGUAUCAACCCAGUGGAGUUUGCCAUUAAAGGCCUUUGCAUAGUUUCAACGUUGGUGUCGUGAUACUUUUCAAUAAAGAAAAUGUGUGUCAUACCCAUUACAACAUGUAUUGUUGCUGGAAUUUCCAGGAAUUUAAUAUGGUUUGAUCAAACUAUGAAAAUUUAUAACCCAUAUGUCAAUGGUCAUAUCAAGACUUUAGUCAAGAAUAUCAUGCACAAAUAAAGGCAUAUCAGCCUAAUUCCAUAUCACUGUCUAAUGCGUAAUUCCAUAUCACUGUCUAAUCGAGUGUGAGAGACGGGGGUCGAAAAUUUCAAAAAUUUUAUUCUCUUUAUUCUACUAAGUUUUCAAUUUUUUGAUUAUUUUCUUUCUAUAGUAUGUCAUGUUGUUGUAAUUUUAUUGUAUAUUUGUGUUGUGUUUGACAACUCUCCAGUUUUUUUUUUAAUGUGUAAGCAUGAUGAAUAAUCAGUGGAUGCUGGGGCUAUACAGUGUGUAUCAAAAAAAAGUUUACACUUUGCAAAAGCCCUGGGAAUUAAAAAAUAUACAACAUGUGGGUAAUUUUUUCACAUAUAAUCUUGGGUUUUGGUCUCGUCUAUCCAAUGAAAGUAAAAGUUUUGACAGAAUGUUACACCUGAGUGAGCACUGUCCAUUUUUGCAAAGCUCGCAGAAAUGCUUGUUUUCACGCUGUGUCAAGGGGGAAGGGCAAAAUCAAACUUACCCUGCGAAACAUUUCUCAUACAUUUCCCUUGCACUUUUAGUCAAUUGAAAUGAAACGAAUACAUGCAAGCAUUUUGUAUCAAUUUUUGCCACCCAAAUUUAAAUUUCAACACUCAGUAAGCACAACCUUUACCUUUUUUGUGCCAGCUGGAUCUAAGGACAUAACUGAAUCUGAACAAAAGUUUAUAUCAGACAUCUCCAGCAUUUUUUCACUAAGUUUUUAUCAUUUAAAGUGGAUUUACAUUUAAUUUUUCAUUUAAUACUUGUUUCUCCACACUUUUUCCAAGCUUGACAAUGAUUAACAAAAUGAAAAUCAAGCCUAAGCCAUUUCAUGUACAUCACAGCUCAGUGUAAAGCAAAUAUCGUCACGAUGGCCUCGGUGUGUGGGGGAAUGGGGUAGGGCGCAAUGCACACUUCGAAGUGUUUUGGGCAAGGAAACAAGUUAAAAAGGUAAAAGAUAUCUUCAAUCAAUUUUACUAGCUAAAUUCCACGUGUUCUUCAUGAUUAAGGUCUAUUUUUAUUCGCAUAAUUAUUUCAAAGUUCUGCGCAAAUCAUUUUCACUAACUUUUCAAAAGUAAGUGGUGCUCACUCAAGCGGAAAUAUUUUUCAACAGUUGUAUCGUCAUUUGCUUAAAUAGAUCUGUACCAAUGUUAAAAUGUGGAAAAAUCUUCAGGAUAUUACAAAUGUAUAAUUUUACAGGAUUUUUUUCUAAGAGUAAACUUUUUUUGAUACGCACUGUAUAGCAAUUGAAAUCAUGUACGUCAAGUGACGUAAUUCUUCUGAUCGGGGGUUGGGGCGGUGUGAGAGCAAUAUUGAGCUGAAAAUUCAAAAAUCGGUACCCCCACCAUCAAGAGCUAUCAGUAGACAGGGGUAUAUAAAAUGUAAGGGGGUGGGGGCAUACCUGUAUACUUAUUUUUUUAAUUAUAGUAUACAGUUAAAAGUAAAUUUCUUUUAAGUUCCACAAUCUAGUAUGGGCCACCACGAACAAAACAAAAAAUAAAUUGUAUUUACUUAUUGCAAAAUAAAACACUUCGCAUUUGUACCGGUUUAUAAUAUUUAUCUCACACCAGACUAUUAUUAUACCAAUUCAAGGAACACUCUGACAGUAUUUAACAUUAUACACUAAAAAGUUUGUUCAUAUUUAAGUAUUUUAACGGGAUGCUACCACCAUCAUGUCAAAAUGUUUAUACUUUUUAAAUAGAUUCAACUAUUCAUGAUUACUCCACCCAUAUUUCUUCUACUUUACAUUUAGUCAAUCCAAAACUAUUCAUUGCACAGAGAUACAUAAGACAUCAUGGCCCUGACGUUUGGAAUCCUCUUCCACACUCAAUUAUACCCUCUUGCUCCCCAGCUACACUCAUUUUAAUGCUAAAGUUAAUGUCAUGUUUCUAUCGGAUUAUGCAAGGUAAACUUCUUGUGUCAUAAUCGUUUCCUAUUCCUUUUCCACCAUCAUUAUUUCCACCACCACCAUCAUCAUUAUCAUAAUCAUCAUCAACAUCAUAAUCGUCAUCAUCUUCAUUUUUCACAAUCAUCAUCGUUUUUCUAGCAAGUGUUGGCUUGUUUGAUUUUUUUGAAAUAUAUGUUUAAUUGAUACUUUAAUAAAUCGUAUUCAUCCAUUCUGUUCAUAAUAUGAUCAUUAUAAUCAAUAUAAUUAUGUUUCGGUUUGUCAUAUUUUCAAGCAUUUUUUUGUUGUUGUUGCUUACAAUGGCAAUCCAUCUUCUGCUACUGAUUUAUGCCUCAUGAUAUAUGCCUGAUUUAUUGUCAAUAUAUAUCAACUGCAAUAUUACGAGGCUCUUUUGGCGGAUAUAACUUCGCAAAGCCAAGAAGGCAAGACAACGGAAUUUGUGAUGGCCCGGGGUAAUGACCUUUUUUAUGUUAUAGUGAAAUUGGUGGCGGGGCGAGCGCCCGAGAAAUUUCAGUUGUUUAGACAUGUUAGACUUUAGGCCAUGGAAUUUAAACACUCUUAUCAUACUAACAGUCACUGGCGGAUCCAGGGGAGGGGGUUACAACCUGCCAGUCCCUCCCCCCCCCCCAUUUGAGAGGCAUAAUGAAAAUUUAUAAUGUAAAUAUGCUGUUCUAACACAAGUUUGCCCCACCCUCUUUUUGAAAGCCAGGACCUUCUUUCUCCUUUUUUUUUUGCUUGUCAGUUUCUUUCGCGAAGGAAACGGCCUUUAAUUUUGGGUGAAAACCUUUAUUUUGGGUAUUUUUUUGGGGGGGGGGAGAGAGGGGGAAAAGAACACCCCCUUCUCUCUAUCCACUUGAGACAACAUUAUACCUUCAACUUUCUUCUUCUUCUCUUUAUAUAUUUCUUGUAGAUAUAUUGGUGGUGAUUUUUUACCUGAUUGCUAAGAAAGCAUGAAUGCUUAUAAGCAAGCAACCAGAGGACCGACGGCUAAAUGUCCUCUCCGAAGGACCUGGUACUGAGGAUUAAUGCCUUACCAAAGGGCACUAGCGCACCAAGUGGGAAUCGAACCCGGGUCAUCAGAAUACGAAUCCCCCGCUCUACCGACUGAGCUAUCGCGCCUCCUAAUUGCCAAUUCAAGAUCUUAUUUAUAUUUAAUAGUAAUUCCUAUUGAUUUUUAUCGUGUAAACAGUAAGAUUUUACCUUUUAUGAUUAUAAUUCUAUACGGUGUGUCGAGGACCCCACUGGAAAUAAACUAUCAAACUAUCCUGUUA